AUGUGCAUUCGAGGAUACCCCAGCUUAACCUGUUUUGGAAAUCUGUCUCUUGAGUCUUUAAAGUCUAUACCAAUUCUACACCUCUGGUUGGCCGAUUGCUUGUUUCUUUAUUUAGGUUUAAAGGUGAAUGACCUGGGGCUAUUUAUUUCCAUCAACCUGAUUGUGAAUCUCAAGGCACAGUUGAAAUGUCUGUUUUUCUUGCUAUCUUCAGAAGAGAUUGCUGCAAAGCUACUCUAUGAUUCUCAUUCUUUUCAGCUUACAAUACAAAUAGCUUAUUAUUUUUUGCAACCUGUGUCUUAUAAUAAAGCAGUGCUGAAAAAUUAG